AUGUCUUCCUCCCUCGUCGCACAGCAAUCUCUCGCCGCCCUUUCCUUCAGCACAGCAACGAAGGGCGCCUCUCUCUCCGCCAAUCGCGUAGCAGUAGCUCCCAUCGCCGCUCCCCGCGGUCUCUGCGUGACAGCCCUCAUCGGCUUCAACAAGGCCGCCGUCCCCACUAAGACCGCCCCAGUAAAGAAGCAACUGCGCACCGAAGACGGCAUCUUCGGCACAUCCGGCAGCUUCGGCUUCACGAAAGCCAACGAGCUCUUCGUGGGGCGCGUGGCGAUGCUCGGAUUCGCCGCGUCGCUGCUGGGCGAGGCGGUAACCGGGCAAGGAAUCCUUUCGCAACUGAACCUGGAGACGGGCAUCCCCAUCACGGAAGCCGAGCCACUUCUGCUCUUCUUCAUCGCAUUCACCGUGCUCGGCGCCAUCGGCGGGCUGGGCGACCGCGGGCGAUUCGUGGACGACGAGGCGCCGGCGGGUCCGCCGAUGAAGCCGGGGAGUGUGAAGGCGGCGCUGGGGUUGAGCGAGGAGGGGCCGCUAUUCGGGUUUACCAAGGCAAACGAGCUGUUCGUGGGGCGCAUGGCGCAACUGAGGCUCGCGGCGAGCCUGGUGGGCGAGGUGAUCACCGGGCGAGGCGCGCUGGCGCAGCUGAAUAUCGAGACUGGCUUGCCCGUGUGGGAGCUGGAGCCGCUGCUGCUCGUCAGUAUCGCCUUCUUCUUCAUCGCCGCUAUCAACCCCGAGAAGGAUAUGGCAAGGGAGGAAGGGCCCACUGCACCUAAUGAGGUGGUGAACAAUGCUGCUGAGAUUGACCUCAAUCAAGAUGAGGCAAUGGCUGACAUUGAGUUGGAUGAUAUUGAGGACUUGGACCUGGACCUUGGAGAUGAGCAUAACCAUGGUGAAGCUGAGAACCAUGAUGAAGCUGAGCACCAUGGUGAAGCUGAGAACCAUGGUGGCGCUGACAACCUUGGGGAAGAGGAUAACACCAGUGGAAAGGAGGCCACUGGUGAUGAAAAUGACUUCACUGAGGGUGAAGGCACGACUUAUCCUAUCUCCGAGGAGAUUGUCCAACUCCAGGCUAAGCCGGCACCCGCUCCGCCCGCACCCCCGGCGGUAGGUGCUGCGACGGCUAUGCAUCAGCCACCUCCAACUGAGACCUCGCCCUUUGGGUCUCUCGCGGCGCCUCUGCCUGAAUUUAACCAUAACAAGACGGAGGUGCAGCCUUGGCUCGACCUGGUGGAUUCCACCAUGAUCCUUGCAAAUGUGCGCCCCGAGGCUCGCGUCGCUGCAGCUACUCAGGCAUUGGACGAGGUGGCCCGCAGGGCCGUGUACGGUGCUAAGAAGCAGGCACAGGGACCAUUUGAAUGGCCGGAGUUCUGCACCGCGCUGAAAGAGGCAUUCAUGGUCAAAAAGUCCGACCUGGAACUGCGCGGACGCCUCGAGCGUAUCAAGUGUUAUGACCGUUCUGUGCAGGAAUAUGCGGUCGAGUUUGAGGCCGCAGCACGCUUGCUCCAAAAGCCCUUGGCUGAGGAGGAGAUGAUGCACAUCUUCAUGAAGGGCCUCCCUGUCAACCUGCAGCAGGCACACAUGACCGGCGGCAUGACCAAUUGGACGACUUACAAGGAGAUGAAGGAGGAGGUGAUCAAAACCGACAACAUCAUUCGCACGUACAUUUUUGGCCCUGAAAAGACAAGCCUGCAGCCCCGUGCUGAGGGCUCUGGUGGUCAUGGGAACCGGCCCCAGAGUGCGAAGGGUGGUAGCGGUUGGAACAAAAGGCCUUUCCAGCAGCGUGAUCACCAGCCUGGCCCACAGGCCAAGAGGCCUAACGGAGGGGGAGGUCAUAGACCUAACAAGCCGGACUUCUCCGACAAGCAGUGCAGAGGCUGUGGAAGGAUGGGGCACGUCAUAAAGCAAUGCCGUGAUAAGAAUGCUAUCAAGUAUUCUGGGAAGCCUAAGCCAGGCGGAGCUAGACCUUCUAGAAAGAAGGAUUUUCAUAAGCCCAACUAG